UAAAAUGUGUAGAGCAGUCCAGCCGACUCAUAAACUUAAAAGCAAAUAGCGAGGUUUCACCAACAAAUGUCGGUCAAUCAAAAUAAUGGGUUGAUCACCAAUAAUGCCGGUCUAAUUGAAAUGGGUUGAACAGAAAGGAAGCAUACGCUGCUCAUACAAGAAGCCACAAACACCCACCCACCGCUUCAAUUUCGACUAACACACGUCUCUCUUCCACGCGCGAGCAUCAAUAGACUACUCCAUGAUGCAAGGGGAAACCACGUAUAUGCGCUGUAUAUCCGAUGCACUGGAGGAAUAUCGGGGGGAAAAGAAUAACUGGCAAGGUUUUGCAUGAAAUUAUUUAAAUCCUGAAUUAUUCGCUCUGAUGGAUGGGUAUGGAGGUUAUCAGGAGGGAAUCAAGCAUGCUAAUGAAUCUGGAAAAACCUUUUUGGUUCAAAAUUGCUCAAGAGACCAUUUGGACUUGGACCAAGAGGAAGAUAUGUGGCGUCAUGACACCUACACUCCUGUGCCAGCCAAUGAGAGGGCCACGGAUGGUGGGGAGGCACAGGCCAUACCCCUCAAGUCACUGAAGGUGGAUGAAGUAUCAAAAGUGGGAAGGCAAGGACCUUACUUUCGAGAUGGGCUCCGACAAAUAGACUAUGUACUCACCUACCAUGUGCAGAAGACCCCUACCAGUGUGCGGCGGCAGCCCUCGCGCUCAUUCGCACGGAGUAUGAGGGACAGCCUGAUGCGGAGCUUCCGGCGUACCCGCCAAACACCAGAUCCACAAGAGGACCCAGAAAUUGCUGCACAGGAACAUCAGUCAGACUACCAUGAAGAUGACCAGAAUUUUCGGCGGGAGGAGUUUGAAGAGAACCUUAGGGAGAUGGGGUUAGAGUUGGAGAGGGAUGAAGGGACUACAAUACCUGGUAUGGGUUUCCUGAAGAUCCAUGCACCGUGGAGUGUUCUCUGCAGAGAGGCGGAGUUUAUGAAGUUGAAGAUGCCCACCAAGAAGAUGUAUGAAGUCAAGCAAGGCAGCAAUAUAGUAGAGAAGAUCAAUCUGUUUAUUCAUAAAGUGACGGAACCAUUACAUCCAAAAGUUGAAGAGAGCAAGAGUCAAACUGCCAAGCAUUUGAGCUACCCAUUCUCCAGAGAGAGACAACACCUGUUUGACCUCUCGGACAGAGCUUCGUUCUUUAGCAGCAAAACCAGGAGUUCAAUAGUGUAUGAAGUGUUGAAGAGAACAAAGUGCACACGGACAAAAUACAUCAUGGGAAUUACCAGCCUCCUUGGAAAUGGAGUUUAUACCUCUGCUUACCCUCCUCAUGAUGGAGAUAUUGAUGGCAUACAGGCAGAACCCAAUGACCGGAAGAUCCUGUAUGAGGAGUGGGCGUCCUACAGCAUUUUCUACAAGUACCAGCCUAUUGGCCUCAUCAGGAAGUACUUUGGGGAGAAGGUGGCCCUUUACUUUGCUUGGCUGGGUGUAUACACCCAAAUGCUGAUCCCGGCAGCCAUUGUUGGCGUGAUUGUGUUCCUGUACGGCUGUGCAACUGUAGAUGAUAACAUUCCCAGUAUGGAGAUCUGUGACCCUCGCAACAACAUCACCAUGUGCCCUCUCUGCGAUCGUGCCUGUAGCUACUGGAAGCUCUCGACAGCCUGUGGCACCGCCCGAGCAAGCCACCUGUUUGACAACCCAGCCACUGUCUUCUUCUCUGUCUUCAUGGCUCUGUGGGCCACUAUGUUCAUGGAGCACUGGAAGAGGAGGCAGAUGAGGCUCAACUACAUCUGGGACCUCACAGGCCUUGAAGAGGAAGAUCUGAUUGACACAGACCAUCCACGACCUGAUUAUGAGUUCCGAGUAAGGCAGAAGACCCUUCAUAAGGAGUCUCACAGCUCAAAGAAUGAGAAGGUGAAACUAACCUGCACAGACAGAAUGCCUGCAUAUAUGACCGUCUUCAUCAUGAUGUGUUUUAUGAUUUCUGUGACCUUUGCCAUCGUGUUUGGGGUUGUCCUGUACCGGAUCUCCAUCAAAACAGCCUUGCAUAUGAGUUCUACCCCUACCUUCCGCUCAAAUGUGCGUGCGACUGUGAAGGGUACAGCUGCGGUCAUCAACCUCAUCAUCAUCAUCAUCAUGGAUGAGAUCUAUGGGGCCUUGGCUCGCUGGCUCACUGUCCUUGAGGUUCCAAAGACAGACCAGAGUUUUGAGGAGAGACUCAUCUUUAAGACAUUUAUCUUAAAGUUUGUCAAUGCCUUCACACCCAUUGUCUACCUGGCUUUUUUCAGGGGAAGGCUUGUUGGGCGACCUGGCAAAUAUCUCUAUGUUGUAGGGAACUACCGUAUGGAGGAGUGUGCCCAUGCUGGCUGUCUGAUGGAGUUAUGCAUCCAAUUAUGCAUCACCAUGCUGGGCAAACAGCUCAUUCAGAACAACCUGUUUGAGAUUGGCAUUCCUAAACUGAAGAAGAUGAUGCGGCGACGAAAGACCAAAAUGGACGCACAGCAGGAGGAAGAGUUCAAGAAGAAUCUGCAGCGGCAUGAGCGGGACCACUUCCUGGGGGCCUUUGCUGGCCUCAACCCAGAAUAUAUGGAAAUGAUUAUCCAGUUUGGCAUGGUGACACUCUUUGUGGCCUCUUUCCCCUUGGCUCCACUGUUUGCUCUGUUGAACAAUGUCAUUGAGAUCCGACUGGACGCCAAGAAGUUUGUCACAGAAUUGAGAAGACCUCCUGCAGCAAGGGCAAAGGAUAUUGGUAUCUGGUAUAACCUUCUAAGAGGGCUCAGCAAAGUGGCAGUGAUUGUGAACGCAUUCGUUAUUGCAUUCACGUCUGACUUUAUUCCACGGCUAUUUUACCAGUACAUGUAUAGUCCAGAUGGCACCCUGCAUGGAUUUGUCAAUCACACCCUCUCCUACUUUAAUGUGUCUGACUUCCAGCCUGGGACUGCGCCCCUGCAGCCUAUGCACUUGGGUUACAGUGUGGACCUCUGCAGGUAUAAGGACUACAGGGACCCACCAUGGUCCGAUACACCCUAUGAGUUUUCUCGAGAGUUUUGGGCCAUACUCGCUGCCAGGCUUGCAUUCGUCAUUAUUUUUCAGAAUGCUGUGAUGCUGAUGAGUGACUUCAUCGACUGGCUGAUCCCUGACAUUCCCAAAGACAUCAGUCUCCAGAUCCACAGGGAGAAGGCCCUUCUGGUGGACCUCUUCAUGAAGGAGGAGCAGGGGAAGAAACCACCUCGGAGCGUCCAGAGCCAGCACAGUCCACCUCUGGCACGCUCACGCCCCAGCUCCAACACACAGAGAAACACUUAGCUUCUCCUACCACACAGGAAAAUAACUGCCCUACUUUAAUCAGAAUGUGAACAAUGGCUGUGAUACAGAAGUCAGUUUAUGUGAAAAGGUUCUUCUAAAGGUUCUUUUAAACUCUUACACGCUGGGCCCUAUGUUUUGGGUGCACAGAAGUCGUCACCAGAUACGAGGACAGGGACCAAAUACUAUUCUCAUAGCACUUUUUUGAUAGAGAAAAAACGAAACCACGGUCGUGGCCAGGGAGCACAAGUUCUGAUGAAAAUGUUUGUCUUUAAAUGUAAAAUGUAAAUGUAAUAUACAUCAAGACGGAAGCCAUAUGGAAGCCACUGCAUAUAGAGUUGGUGUGGGAAUUAAGGACCUAAUUUAACGAUUCUUACACACAAAAAACACGUUUGCUACUAACUCUCUUUUCAAGCCUUGACGUGACUUUUGCCUCCCAUUUUUAUAUUGCACUAUUUGACAUUCAGGGAUUGUCCAAACCUCUGCCCUCAUUAGCGGCUGUGAUUAAUGUGCCAUUAAUUACUAAAUACUAAAAACUAAUUUUGCUAUUAUUACACUUAAUCAGCUGGAGAAAAUGGUGGGCUAUGGAUGCUAAGCGCAUUACAUUCAUUGUUGGAACCUCUUAUGAUGUCCUUCCUAGUAUAGCUGAUGAACUCUGUUGGACUGAUAUCCGAUCAUGGUUGUUGUGGGGAAGUGUCUCAAUAAUGCUUGGGUGUAUCUUGAUUCUUGAGGUGUGUCUUUAGUUGUCUCAGGUAUCGACAUGUGUCCUAACCUAUUGUGAGGAUAGCGGGGGGUGGGUCUAGGAUUCCAGAUUCCACUGUUGAGCCUUCUAGAGGUGUCUUAGGCCUAAUUCAAUGAAACAUUGGCGAAGGAAGUUGCCCACUUGACAACCCCAGUGAAGUGCUCAAAAAAGCUACUUUGUUGUUGUUGUUGUUGUUGUUGUUGUUAAGUACUGUGAGAGGUUUGGCUGCUGCGGGAAGUCCCCAACCCCAACAAGGAAUUUGACAUCUUUUCCUAUAUAUAAAUAUUCCUAUACUAAAAUCUUAAAAAUGAUCAUUCUAUCACAGCCAAAUUUAAUGAACAUGAAUUUAUUAUAUUUCUUGUUUCUAGUCUAUUUUCAUUUAAACAUUGUAAAAAUGCAAUCAAAUAGGUUCCAUAGAUAGACGUAAAUAUAGUCUUUGAGGAAUUAGGUUUAUUGGAUACAUCAUCUUAUUAUACAGCUCCUCAGAAUGUUGUCAAAAGUUCCAUUGAUUUUAAUGCCCCCCCCCCAGUGUUAGGGGGUGUGAUAUUUCUUCAUAAUGACCACUGCAAAAUAUGAAUGACCACUGCCAUUUGCAACGGGUUUUGUGCUUCUAAUUCAAAUAUUUUAUAUCAUUCCGCAAGUAGUCCAUUCAUAUAAUGUAAUGGAAAUUCAUUGUAACUUCAAGUCAGCAAGUAAUAGGUUGCUAUGCACCACCUCUAAGUAGUUCUAUUAAGUAGCCGUAUAAUAAGCGGGAUAAUGUAUACUGCAUUGGGAUUUACCAUACAAGCCUAGAAAAGCUAUUCCAAAGUGGGUGAUUUCUGCCCAUUUCUUAUUUUCAAUCCCUUAAAAACAUCCUUUAAUCACAUUUUUUGUCAAUAUUUAUCGUCUGGGUGAUGUAACUGAAUAUUUGUAUCGUUUGAGUGAUAGAUUAUGGUGUAAAAAAUAUAUUUAUGCCAAUGUUUCCAGAAAAUACACUGAACAGGCAAUGGCAUACUCAUUGUAGUGGCAAGACAUUUAGGAAAAGGUGAACGGACAGUACCAUCACAGUGGCCACAUUAAACAGUGCAACGUGAUACACUCCUGCCCAUUUCGUGUCCAGGCCUGAAGAGAAACUCAAUUCCAUGUCAUCAUGGUUGGAUAUUGCAGUUGGCUUUUAAACGCAUGCAAUUCAGCCUCCGCCCUGUUGUUGGGCGGCCUCAUAGUGUUUCACCUUCAGUGCCUAAGUCGUCAAACAGAAACUUCUGGCGCAUACAACAGAAAAAAAGACCACCCCCAGGUAGGGCUUGAGAUGAAGAGACUGAGUAGGCUUAGCCACAAAAUAUGUGCUGUAGUGUCAGGUUUACUUUUGGGAUCUUUGCACAUUCCAUUUAAAGGCUUUAGAUGAGAUUAUGAAUACAUCAUGAAGUCCAAAUAGAUCCUGGAGAUUUUGGAACAUUUCUCAAAGAAUGCUGCAAUAUCUUUGUCCUGCACAGUAUUCAGUAUGAUG